CUUAAGAAAAAGAAGAGAGAACUCACUUCCAUACAUGUGUCUACCUCCGCCUCUUCAAUAACACUUAGGUACCUAGGUAUAGGUAUACCAUUGGUCGUCGCAACGACCUUACAAAUACUUAUGACUUAGCUGCUUAGGUACCUAGCCUCAAUAAAAUGGUGUUCGCACCCCUGCUGCAAACGUCCUGAAGGCUGAUUUUACUAUCUGCUUAGCCUCAAAUUACAUUUAUUAGAGCCUUAGGUACCUAACAUAAGGAUACGCAAGUAUUUUGUAGUAAUUCCAAAAUACACAAGACUUACACCUAAAGAAGAGGAACCAAAAAAAAAGAAACAAAAAACCAGAAGAAGAGAAAAGAAACUAUUCACCAUGGCAGACUUUGACCUCAAUUCGACAUUCAUCCCUGCUCUUCAUAAACCUGCAGCAUUGCUACCCAUCGCCAAGUAUCACGAUACUCUGCUGUAUCUCAUCGAGAAAAACCCGGUAACAACCGUUGUUGGGCAAACAGGCUCGGGGAAAACUACACAAAUACCGCAGUUUCUUGAGCAUGCGGGGUGGUGUUCUGAUGAUAAGAUAAUUGGUGUUACUCAGCCCAGAAGAGUAGCUGCUACAACAGUCGCAAUCAGAGUAGCCGAGGAGUAUGGCUGUGAGCUAGGAAAGGAGGUAGGCUACUCCAUUAGGUUCGAAGAUGUGACAUCUGCAGCAACCCGAAUUAAGUUCUUAACAGAUGGACUACUUAUCCGAGAAGCUUUGGUCGACCCUCUGCUAUCGCGUUAUUCAGUUAUCAUGGUUGACGAAGCCCAUGAGAGGUCGAUAAGCACGGAUAUUCUCCUUGGUCUUCUUAAGAAGAUACGGAAGCGAAGACCAGAGCUACGCAUUAUUAUUAGUAGCGCUACUCUUCAGGCGGAAGAGUUUCUCAACUUCUUCUCUCAACAGUCUGACCAUCAGGAACCUCCUGACGGCGACAAGAGUGAAGUUGGCUCGAUAAUUAGCAUCGAAGGUAGAAUGUAUCCCGUAGAUGUUCUCUAUUUAGAGUCGCCAGCGGAAGACUACGUUGAAAAGGCGAUAUCUACGGUUUUCGACAUCCAUGCCAAAGAGCCGCAUGGUGACAUUCUUGUCUUUUUGACCGGCCGCGAAGAGAUCGACGCGGCUGUCCAAGCCAUCGCGGAGCGAGCAGCUCAACUUCCGCCAGCUGUUCAAUCAAUCUCUGUUUUACCGCUAUACGCAGGAUUAUCAACAGAGCAACAGAUGUUGAUAUUUGAUAGGCCGCCUGAAAACACAAGAAAAGUCAUAAUCUCGACCAACAUCGCGGAAGCAUCCGUGACGAUCGAUGGCAUUGUUUACGUUAUUGAUUCGGGAUUCGUCAAGUUAAGGGCUUUUAAUCCCAAGAUUGGUAUUGAAUCUUUAACAGCAACGCCUGUCUCGAAGGCGGCGGCGCAGCAACGUGCGGGAAGGGCUGGGCGUACGAAGCCAGGCAAAUGUUUUCGACUUUACACGGAAAAGGCUUUCCAAGCCUUACCUGAUGCGAACAUCCCGGAAAUACAGAGAUCUAACCUUGCGCCCUUUAUCCUGCAGCUGAAGGCGCUCGGUAUCGACAACGUCGUCCGCUUCGAUUAUCUAACACCGCCGCCAGCGGAACUGAUGGCUAAGGCAACAGAGCUGCUCUUUUCUCUCGGUGCCCUAGAUGAGUACGCCAAACUCACAAGACCGUUGGGUAUGCGAAUGGCAGAGCUUGCGGUAGAGCCUAUGAUGGCAAAGACCCUAUUGGCAGCCUCAUCAUUUGGUUGCCUUAGCGAAAUACUUACAAUUGCGGCUAUGAUAAGCCUAGGAAGUUCCGUAUGGAUACAGAGGGAGGGAGAAAAGAAGCUGGCAGAGUCUUCACGACGGAAAUUCGCGGCAGAGGAAGGGGAUCACCUGACGCUUCUUAAUGUCUACCAAGCAUUUAUAACUAAGGGCAAGAAAGAAUCGAAGUUCUGCCACGACAACCAUCUCAAUUUUAAAGCCAUGUCCCGUGCCGUGAGUAUCAGAGCGCAACUGAAACGCUACCUGGAACGGUUUGGAAUAGUGAUAGAUGAGAGCCUCAGGACAUCGCCGGUCAAUAAAGGAGAGCAGAUUCGACGAUGUCUCACGACGGGCUAUUUUGCCCACGCGGCUAGAAUGCAACCCGAUGGGAGCUUCCGCAAUGUCGAAGGUGGAACGACGCUCUAUGCACACCCUAGCUCAUUGAUGUUUAAUCGCAAGGCAGACUGGGUUAUUUUUCACGAGGUUAUGGAAACCGGAAACAAGAUAUUUAUUCGCGAUAUCAGCAAAAUUGAGAAGGAGUGGCUUUUAGAGUAUGCCUCAGAAUACUACCAGAUUAAGUGUUGAAAGUUUACCGAAAAAAAAAGGGGAGGCAAACGAGAAAAAAAAAGAAUUUACUGGUCAAUUUGGUAGUCAAUUGACAAUUAUGGUCGAGGCCGUAUUGGCCCCUAUGUUACGGGACUAGGUGCUCUAUUGAUAUCCACACCUCCCUAUCCAAGAUAGGUAGUUGAGGUAUGCUCGUUAAAGAGAAGCAAGCUAUGAAACAAUAUUUGUAGUUGAACCAGUUGAGGCUGAGACGCAAAUAGGGAAUCGCCAGGGCUAGUUUCAAAAAGAAACAAGCUUGUUCUUAGGAUUGGUGCAUCCGGUGCAUCUACUAUGUAAGUAGCUAAGCUUCAAUUAGUUAAUUCCCGGACUUAUGGGAUUUUCCUUGAUUACUGUUAAUCGUUCGACCUACUCCAACAGGCUUGAGUAGAUGGUGCAUGUUACCCUUAGGAUCGAAAUCCGGAGCCAUCUGACGAACCAUCUGAACCUAUUUAUAACAGAUGCACUAUGUACUUUGCAUGCUACUACCAAAAGGAUUGAUGAGACGGUUGAUUGAAAACCAACACUUCCUUUAAGAGGUACCUAAGCUAAUUAGUCU